AUGUUAAAACUCCCCGAUAUGCACCACCGCGAAGUACAGCCAACUCCCGCCGACCCGUACGUUGGACUUGGCGUGGCCGGCGUAGCCAACGAGGGCCUUGGAGCGGAACCAGAAGAGUUACCCGCAUUCAGUAUCAACAACUUCCGGUUAUGGUUCGCCCGAACCAAAGCCCAUUUUCAUACCCACCCCAUCCGCUCUCGAACGAUUGUGUAUUCCCAAAUAUUCACUGCUCUGCCUACAGACAUUGCGGAACAGGUGUUCGAGUUUAUCAUCACCAUACCCAAGAAUGAGCCAUUCACUCAGUUGAAGGAAGCGUUGAUCACCCGCAAAUCUUCGUCGGAUGAACACCGAUUAGACAAGUUGUUUGGAGAUCUCGAACUCGGAGAUUGCACCCCGUCCUAG